AUGAGAGAUAUGCUAAGUCUUGCAAUUAAAGAUAGCACGGGUGCAGGCCAAAGAGUCGUGCACUUUUUUAUAUGUAUAUUUCACCGAAGUAGAAAAUUCGUUGAAAAUUUUUGAUAUUGAGGCAUUCGACCGAAAAUGUCACACUAUUUAAAACUUUUUGACUAAAUAUACUUGGAUAUAUGCACAUGAUUAUUUGGCCUGAGCCGAUAACACUCAAUAUGUUAAAAAAGCAGUUAUGACUGGAAUUUUGAGAUGUCCAAAAGACGAUCUGUUUCCUGGAAUGAAUAAUGUUUCGUUAAAUUGUGUUGUGGAUCGACAGUUUUCAGAGUAUUAUGGCUUUACUGAGAGUGAAGUUUAUAAGAUUUUAAAAGCAUCCGUUUGAAAUACAAUAGAGGUUUUGGGACUGAAUAGAAAACGAAUGGCUUCAUGAUAUGAUGGCUAUAACAUUGGAGGGCUCAAAAUAUACAAUCCCUGGUCAAUUAUGAAUUGCCUAUAUCGCGCUCAAGAUGGCGAAAAUAACAUAUAUAAAGAUUACUGGAUUGAUACAGGAAGUGAUCAUGAACUUACUCCCCCCUCCGUGAACGAACAAAAAAAUCUUGUUCGCUCACGGAGGGAGCUACUUUAGGACAAAAGAGAAAGCAUUUGAUUAAUGAGAAUAAGAAGGAAAGAAAACCUAAAUUGGAAAUAAUGGAGGAAAGUGAAUAAAGCAAUGAGAAUUAAUAUAUUAAUAACUAAAAUUUUAGUUUAA